AGCGCGGCUGGAGAUGGCGGCGCUGCGCGGGUGGCUCGUCCCGCUCCUGCUGCCCGAGCACUGCUAUGACGAGCUGCUGGUCCGCUUCAACCUGCUGCACGUGCCCUUGAAGAUCCUGCUCAGCAAAGCGCUCGGCUACGGCAUCGUAUCCGGCGCCGCAGUGAAGCUGCCGCAGGCUGAGGUGCUGCGGGCCCGGAGCGGCGCCGGCCUGAGCGUCGCCGCGUUGGCGCUGGAGCUGCUGGCGCUGGGCGGCACCGUGGGCUACAGCUGCGCCCGCGGCUUCCCUUCAGGUAUGGGGGGGUCGGGGGGGGAAUCGGGGGGUCGGGGCUACAGCUGCGCCCGCGGCUUCCCCUUCAGCGCCUGGGGUGAGGCGCUCUUCCUCGCCCUGCAGACCGCCGCCAUCGGCUUCCUCAUCGAGCACUUCGAGGGCCGCACGGGCCGAGGGCUGCUGCUCGUGGGGCUCUAUGGGGCGCUGCUGGGCGCCCUGGUCUCGCCGCUGGCCCCCCCCGGGCUCCUGACCCUGCUGCAGGCCACCAACCUGCCCGCCGUGGCCACCAGCCGGCUGAUGCAGGCGGCCACCAACUGCCGCCAGGGCCACACGGGGCAGCUCUCGGCCGUCACCACCUUCCUGCUGCUGGCCGGGGCCCUGGCCCGCGUCUUCACCUCCCUCCAGGAGACCGGCGACCCGCUGCUGGCGCUGACCUUCGCCGUCUCGGCCGCCUGCAACGGGCUCCUGGCCGGGCAGCUGCUCUACUACUGGCGGGUGCCCCCCGCCCGGGCCAAGGGCGAGUAGGGGCCGCCCCACGGCGCUGCCCCAAGGCCUUCCCCCGCCCCUCCAGCACCAGGGCCGUCAGGAACCUGCCCCACGGCGCUGGGGCCACCCCAGGGACCACACAGAUCUCUCCAGCUGUCGGGGGGCACAGUGGGGGGGGGGGGGGGGUUGCAUUUCUCCCUCCCCUCGGCCUUCCGCAACGCCUGGGCCCCCCGCGCCCAGCGCAGCAGCAGGGGGAGGCCCGCGCGGGGCCCAGGCGUCCGGGCCCCAAUAAAGGUGCGGUAGGGCCCCACCCCUGCUCGCUCUGCAGCUC